AUGUCAGCCGCACAGCUACUCAACCCCAAGGCCGAGUCCCGCCGGCGGGGUGAAGCUCUGAAAGUCAACAUCAGUGCCGGCGAGGGUCUGCAAAAUGUCCUCAAGUCCAACCUCGGUCCGCUGGGUACUAUCAAGAUGCUCGUCGACGGCGCUGGACAGAUCAAGCUCACCAAGGAUGGCAACGUCUUGCUACGAGAGAUGCAAAUCCAGAACCCCACAGCAGUCAUGAUCGCACGAGCCGCCACAGCACAGGACGACAUCUGCGGUGACGGAACAACAUCGGUCGUGCUUCUCGUCGGAGAGCUCCUCAAGCAGGCGGAGAGGUACAUCGCCGAGGGCUUGCACCCCAGAAUCCUUACCGAAGGUUUCGAGAUUGCAAAGGCCGAAUCGCUCAAGUUCCUCGACUCGUUCAAGCUCCCAAAAGAGGUCGACAGAGAGCUGCUGCUGUCCGUGGCCAGAACCUCGCUCGCUACCAAGCUGAACGCAACAUUGGCCGGAGCCCUCACCCCGGACAUCGUCGAUUCCGUCCUUGCCAUAUACGAGGCCCCCGCCAAGCCCGAUCUGCACAUGGUCGAGAUCAUGAAGAUGCAGCACAGAACCGCCGCCGACACACAGCUGAUUCGCGGCUUGGCACUAGACCACGGCCCCCGACACCCCGACAUGCCCAAGCGUGUCGAGAACGCCUUCAUCUUGACCCUGAACGUCAGUCUGGAGUACGAAAAGUCCGAGAUCAACUCGAGUUUCUUCUACUCGAGUGCGGAGCAGCGUGACAAGCUCGUCGAGAGCGAGCGAAGAUUCGUCGAUUCCAAGCUCAAGAAGAUCGUUGACCUGAAGAAGGAGGUUUGCGGAAACGACCCCAAGAAGAGCUUCGUCAUUGUCAAUCAGAAGGGCAUCGAUCCCUUAUCCCUUGAUGUCCUGGCCAAGAACGGCAUUUUCGCCCUGCGAAGAGCAAAGAGGAGAAACAUGGAGCGUCUGCAGCUCAUUUGCGGCGGUAUCGCACAGAACAGUGUCGAGGACUUGUCGCCUGAUAUCCUCGGCUGGGCUGGCUUGGUCUACGAGCAGCAGUUGGGUGAGGAGAAGUACACAUUCAUAGAGGACGUCAAGGAGCCCAAGUCCGUCACUCUCCUCAUCAAGGGGCCCAACCAACACACCAUCACACAGAUUUCGGACGCCGUCAGGGAUGGUCUACGCAGUGUCUACAACAUGAUUGUCGACGGGAGUGUGGUGCCCGGUGCCGGUGCUUUCCAGGUCGCCUGCGCCGCUCAUCUCAAGAGCGACUCUUUCAAGAAGACCGUCAAGGGCAAGGCCAAGUGGGGUGUUGACGCAUUCGCUGACGCCUUGCUGAUCAUUCCCAAGACACUUGCCGCAAACGCCGGUCACGACAUUCAGGAUGCCCUUGCGGCACUCCAGGACGAGCAUGCGGAUGGCAACGUUGUUGGUUUGGACUUGACCACAGGCGAGCCCAUGGAUCCCACCUUGGAGGGUGUUUAUGAUUCCUUCAGAGUACUACGAAAUUGCAUCGCGAGUUCAUCGAGUAUUGCAUCGAACCUACUCCUUUGCGACGAGCUAUUGAAGGCAAGACAAAUGGGACGGCAAGGCGGCCCUGGCCCGGGCAUGGAUGGUCCUGAGGAGAAUAUGUAA